AUGUGUCACUUAUGACCAAAAGAUAGCGAAAAUGGGAGUUGCCUUAGCCAGAUGCUAGUUAAUUGCUGAGCCGGGCCUGAGGCAGUGAGCCGUGUGCAUCUCCAGCCGACUUAAGGGAAGGGUUUUGCAAGCAAAACUCAUCAUCAUCAAUGGCCGCAAUCAGCAGAUAGACAAUCCAACUCUCUCGAACCUAGAAUCAGAUGGCGACACAUAUUCCUCCACCGGAACCUGAAAAAGUCGAUUACAUGGAUCUACCGUGUCCCAUUCCUUACGAAGAAAUCCAUCGCGAGGCUUUGAUGUCCUUGAAGCCUGAACAUUUUGAGGGUUUGCGUUUUGAUUUUACCAAGGGUCUCAAUCAAAAAUUCUCACUAAGUCACAGUAUUGUUAUGGGACCUACGGAAGUUCCUUCUCAAUCUGCUGAAACAAUUAAAAUUCCUACUGCAAACUAUGAGUUUGGUGCUAACUUUAUAGACCCAAAGGUGAUGCUUUUUGGAAGAAUCUUGACUGAUGGGCGCCUAAGUGCUAGAGUGAAAUGUGACUUGUCUGAGAAUCUUACUAUGAAGGCCAAUGCUCAGCUUACAAACGAGCCUCACAUGUCUCACGGGAUGUUCAACUUUGACUACAAGGGAACAGAUUACAGGACUCAGUUCCAACUAGGAAAUGGGGGUCUGCUUGGAGCUAAUUAUAUCCAGAGUGUGACACCUCACCUUUCUUUAGGUGGAGAAGUAUUCUGGGCUGGUCAGCAUAGGAAGUCUGGUCUUGGUUACGCUGCACGAUACAACACGGAUAAAAUGGUUGCCUCAGGGCAAAUUGCUAGCACUGGAAUGGUGGCUCUAAGCUAUGUUCAGAAAGUGUCUGAAAAGGUUUCUCUGGCAACAGAUAUGAUGUACAAUUACAUGUCAAGAGAUGUCACUGCCAGCGUUGGCUAUGACUAUAUACUCCGUCAGUGUCGUCUUAGAGGGAAGAUCGACUCAAAUGGCUGUACAUCUGCUUUUCUUGAAGAAAGGUUGAAUAUGGGUCUAAAUUUCAUUCUGUCAGCUGAGAUAGACCACAAGAAGAAAGAUUACAAGUUUGGCUUUGGGUUGACAGUUGGAGAAUAGAUUAAAAAAACAUGAGCGCAGAUGCAAAAUUUAGGAAUUAAACUGAUUUUUGAUCUUGUCAUACCAAGUCUGGUCUUUUUUAUAUUUUAUUUAUGGACAAAGAAGCAGUUUUGUACUUAUUUUCAAGCAACAUUAGUUUUGGCGCCAAUUUGAGCUUUAGGGCACAUAACAUAAUCUAUAGCUGUAAUUCAGUUGAAUUCUUAUUUGAAGCUGUAGAAUGUCAGCCAAUGCAAUUGGCUGAAUAUUAUUCAAAUGGAGAUACACAUUUUACGUGCUUAUUA